AUGAAGGAACAUUCUUCAAAAUUGUUGGAUAGCGCGAUCAACUCAUUGAAGGAUGAGCUCAACGCCUGGUCAGCAUUAAUGCGUUCCCCCGUAAUGCUAAAAACUGAGAAUGAGCAAAGCCCAGUUGCCGUGGGAAUUCCAAACUCACUGCAAAUGACCACUAUCCCUGUUCAAGUAACAAACCCAAACGGAAUUCCAGCUGGAAAAACUCCCGAAGCAAUUCAGGCAGUGGGGAACGAAGAAAACGUUCAGAACCCAAUUGAAGUGAAAGUGAAGGCAACUCCCUCAUGGCAAGGCGUGCCUACAUGCUUUAUGCGCCUCAUGACACCAUUUGAUGAAGAUGUACUAAAAAACUCCGGAUUCAUUUUCACUCAAAUUGAUAUCGUGUUCAAUGCUAACGACUUUCAAGUGAUGAUCUUGGAAGGGACUAGAGAACUAUACGAGCUCAAGAAGAAGGACCGAUUGGUGCAAUUGAUGGCUAUUCUGAAAAACCCGGAGACUCAAAUUCUCACAAUGAACGUGUACUCCGACGAGAAAUUAGGAGAUCGUUUCAAGCAAAUGUUGAAAGCAAUGGAUGAUUUUAAGAUUCUGAAAAAUUCUAUCAAUAUUCAAGAUUUGAGAUUUGUAGAAAAAGUUAACAGUAACGAAUACUAUAUCACAACUUUUCUCAAAUAUGCGGACCCUCGAAAACUGCAGCAUCUCAAACUGGAAGUGUACAUGUUCCAAGACCAAUAUCUUGUUAUGUCUCGCACACAGCAAUGGAAGAGCGUCGAUCGCCUUGAACUGCAUUCAGUCGGUAUUCUUCCAUACAAACCAUUCUUUGAAAAUUGGACUGGCAAUUGUCUGGAAAUGGAGCUGAUCGAACCGUUUUCUUCACAGGAUCUUGCGCGAUUAUUUAAAGGUCUUGAGAGAAAACAGGCUGGAAGAGCAUAUCUUAUGGAUUCUCGCACGAAAUUCAUAAUCGGCGCAGGAGAGAAAUUGGAUGAAAUACGUAUGAGGGAUAUGGAGAAACAGGCAUGUUCUUUCCAACUUCGAAAAUACCUCAAAUCCGCGUUCAAAAUGGAUGAACAUUCUUCAAAACUGUUCAAUAGUGGAAUCAACUUAUCGAGUGCUGAGGUUGCUCCCCAACCAAAGCUCAACGCCUCAGCACUAAUGCUUUCCCCAAAAACUUUAAAAACUGAGAACUUGCAAAGCCCAGUUGCCGUGGGAAUUCCAAACUCACUGCAAAUGACCAUUAUCCCUGUUCAAGUAACAAACCCAAACGGAAUUCCAGUUGGAAAAACUCCCGAAGCAAUUCAGGCAGUGGGGAACGAAGAAAACGUUCAGAACCCAAUUGAAGUAAAAGUGAAGGCAACACCAACUUGGCAUGGCGUGCCUACAUGCUUCGUGCGCCUAAUGACGCCAUUCGAUAAAAUGUUACUAAAAAACUCCGGAUUCAUUUUUACUCAAAUUGAUAUCGUGUUCAAUGCCAACGAAUUUGAAGUGAUCAUUUUGGAAGGGACUGGCCAAUUAUGUGAGCUCAAGAAAAAGGACCGAUUAGUGCAGUUGAUGGCUAUUCUAAGAAACCCGGAGACUCAAAUUCUCACAAUGAAUGUCUAUUCCGACGAGAAAUUAGGAGAUCGUUUCAAGCAAAUGUUGAAAGCUAUGGUUGAUUUUAAGAUCCCAAAAAAUUCUAUCAAUAUUCAAGACUUGAGAUUUGUAGAAAAAGUUAAUAGUAACGAUUACGAUAUUACAACUUUUCUCAAAUAUGCGGACCCUCGAAAACUGCAGCAUCUCAAACUGGAAGUGUACAUGUUCCAAGACCAAUAUCUUGUUAUGUCUCGCACACAGCAAUGGAAGAGCGUCGAUCGCCUUGAACUGCAUUCAGUCGGUAUUCUUCCAUUCAAACCAUUCUUCGAGAAUUGGACCGGAAAUUGUCUGGAAAUGGAGCUGAUCCAACCGUAUCCAUUACCUGAAUUAUCGGAUUUGUUUGAUGAAUUCAAAAAAAAGGAGACUGAAACUGCAUAUCAUAUGUAUUCUGACACGAAAUUCAUGUAA